AAGAAAUGAGAGAGAUCAAAAUGGCAUCCUUUUUGCAGUCCUUCAUCGACCCAAAGAAGAACUGGUUUGCUCGUCAACACAUGAAAGCGCUCACCCAACGCCUCCGUAAUUAUGGUCUUCGAUACGACGAUCUAUAUGAUCCAUAUUAUGAUAUUGAUGUGAAAGAGGCUUUGAAUCGACUCCCCAGGGAGGUUGUUGAUGCGCGCAAUCAAUGUUUGAAGCGGACCAUAGACCUUUCCAUGAAGCAUCAGUACCUUCCUGAUGAUCUUCAGGCCAUGCAAACACCAUUCAGGAGCUAUCUCCAGGAUAUGCUGGCAUUUGUUUCAUGA